AUGAGUGUCUCUGAUCUGAGCGCCACCAGAUUCCCAGGAAGCAUCUCUGGCUUCCUCCAAGUAGCCUCUGUGCUUAGCCUGCUCCUGGUGCUCUUCAAGGUGGUCCAGUUCUACCUGCACAGGCAAUGGCUACUCAGAAAUACUCAGCAGUUCCCAUGCCCACCUUCCCACUGGUUCUUUGGGCACAAGCUGGACUUCUUGGUGGACCAGGAGCUUCAAGAUAUUCUAACACGGGUAAAGAAUUUCCCAAGUGCCUGCCCACAUUGGCUCUGGGGAACCAAACUGCGCUUCCAGGUGUAUGACCCUGACUACAUGAAAGUGAUUCUGGGAAGAUCAGACCCGAAAGCUCAUGGUUCCUACAGAUUUCUGGCUCCUUGGAUUGGGUAUGGUUUGCUUCUGUUGAAUGGAGAGACAUGGUUCCAGCACCGACGAAUGUUGACUCCAGCUUUUCACUAUGAUAUCCUGAAGCCUUAUGUGAAAACCAUGGCAGAUUCUGUUCAUGUAAUGCUGGAUAAAUGGGAACAGAUUGUUGGCCAGGAUUCCACUCUGGAGAUCUUUCAACACAUCUCCUUGAUGACCUUGGACACCAUCAUGAAGUGUGCCUUCAGCCACGAGGGUAGUGUCCAGUUGGAUAAAAAAUACCAGUCUUAUAUCCAAGCAGUUGGGGACCUGAACAAUCUCUUUUUUUUCCGUGUGAGGAACAUCUUUCACCAGAAUGACACCAUCUACAGUCUAUCGUCUAAUGGCCGCCAGGCCAUCAGUGCCUACCAACUUGCCCAUGACCACACAGACAAAGUGAUCAAAUCAAGGAAAGCUCAGCUUAAAGAUGAGGGAGAGCUGGAGAAGGCUAGGAAGAAAAGGCGAUUGGAUUUUCUGGACCUCCUCCUGUUUGCCAGAAUGGAAAAUGGAAGCAUCUUGUCUGAUAAGGACCUGCGUGCUGAAGUGGAUACAUUCAUGUUUGAAGGCCAUGACACCACAGCUAGUGGUAUCUCAUGGAUCUUCUAUGCUUUGGCCACACACCCUGAAUACCAGAAGAGAUGCAGGGAGGAAGUUCAGAGUCUUUUAGGAGAUGGAUCUUCAAUUACCUGGGACCACCUAGACCAGAUGUCCUACACAACCAUGUGCAUCAAGGAGGCCCUGAGGCUUUACCCACCAGUACCAGGUGUGAGCAGAGAUCUCAGUACACCUGUCACCUUCCCAGAUGGACGCUCUUUACCCAAAGGUAUCUCAGUCCUGCUCUCCUUUUAUGGUCUCCACCACAACCCAACUGUGUGGCCAAACCCAGAGGUGUUUGACCCCUCUCGAUUUGCACCGGAAUCUUCCCGACAUAGUCACUCAUUCCUGCCCUUCUCAGGAGGAGCAAGGAACUGCAUUGGGAAACAGUUUGCCAUGAACGAGCUGAAGGUAGCUGUGGCCCUGACCCUGCUCCGCUUUGAGCUGCUACCGGAUCCCACCAGGAUCCCAGUCCCCAUACCAAGACUUGUGUUGAAAUCCAAGAAUGGGAUUCAUCUACGUCUCAAAAAGCUCCAGUAA